GCGACUUCCGGUCGCGGCGGGCUGGCUGAGGUGCGGGCUUUGUCGGCGGGUCUGCUGGGCCCGCGCCCGCGGGGUCCAGUCAACGGCUGCGGGGUCGGGCUGGCGCCGUCCUCUCCCCGCCUGCGCCGGGCUGUAAGCAACACACAGUGACUCUGGCUGGGAGUUUGAGGCUGGAAUAUCCCCUUACCAGUGUGGGUGUAAGAGCUGGGGGCUUCUAGUGCCGGAUGGGACACCCUUGGACACCCCAGGGCUGCUGUGGCUUCUGAUGAUACACAACAUCUGCUGUUGAGACAAUUUCAGUUGCUUCCUCCACUGAAGUCUCAAACCCCUCAAAGAUUCAUGAGGGCUGGAAUCAAGUUUUUCCAAAAUAUCAAAUGUUGUUAUUUUGACCUCCUCCCACGAAUCAUGAAUGUUCUUCAUGGCGUCUAUAAUGAUGACUCCUUUCCAGAAGAUUUUCAGCUGACUGCCCAGAUCGAUCAGUGGAAUCAUUAUCUAUAGCAAUUAUCUACAGCCUUGUGAAACAUAUUUCUUAAAUAAUGAGACUUGAAAGUUGGAGUGACUCCCAGCCACGGGCUGCAGAAUGCACGUUGUGUUGGCAUAAGAAGAACAUCAGUCUCCCUGUUCACCUCUGUCAGAGCUCUUGGGUGACCAGGAGCAUUGUCACUUACCUCACCUGUCUCGGCCUUCAUAGAAUUGAGGACGGUUAGGACCUUGCUGUGGAUUCAUCUUUGGUUGCCAGUCACACCAACCGUCAGGGAAAGUUGUUGUUUUAAUCUCUCCAGACCACUCAGACUUCCUCCACAUCAGCAAUAAGUUACUCAGACACUCAUCUGGUACUGCCGUGAAGAGACUUGGAGAUGUCCAGAAGUCCCAGGUCAGUGAGAUUCUAAUGUAGGAACUGGUGAGAAGAAGGUGAUUGAAGCUGGAUUUCUGAGGAUGAAAACUCACAUAGGAUGAUGUCAGACAAACUCACAGUGAUGGAGCUCCCUUCUCCCGAGUCUGAGGAAGUCCAUGAGCCCAGAUUAGGGGAGCUUUUGGGAAAUCCAGAAGGUCAGGGCCUGGGGAGUUCCCCCUCUCAGGACAGGGGCUGCAAGCAGGUGACAGUGACCCAUUGGAAGAUCCAAACAGGAGAGACAGCUCAAGUGUGUGCCAAGUCAGGAAGAAACCCUAUUCUGAACUCAGACCUUCUUCUGCUUCAGAGAGAGCUCAUAGAGGGGGAUGCCAAUCCUUGCGAUAUCUGUGGCAAAACCUUCACGUUUAAUUCCGACCUAGUUAGGCAUCGGAUUUCGCAUGCUGGGGAGAAACCUUACAGGUGCGAUCAGUGUGGGAAAGGCUUUGGCCAGAGCUCACACCUUAUGGAGCAUCAGAGAAUUCACACUGGAGAGAGACUCUAUGUCUGUAACGUGUGUGGGAAAGACUUCAUUCACUAUGCAGGUCUCAUUGAGCAUCAGCGUGUUCAUUCAGGAGACAAGCCCUUCAAAUGUGCACAGUGUGGGAAGGCGUUUGGUCACAGUUCAGACCUGAUUAGGCACCAGAGAGUUCACACCAGAGAGAGACCUUUCGAAUGCAAAGAGUGUGGAAAAGGCUUCAGUCAGAGCUCCUUACUUAUUCGUCAUCAGAGGAUUCACACGGGAGAAAGGCCCUAUGAGUGCAAUGAAUGUGGGAAAUCCUUCAUAAGGAGCUCGAGCCUCAUUCGCCACUAUCAGAUCCACACAGAAGUGAAACAGUAUGAAUGCAAAGAAUGUGGGAAGGCAUUCCGUCAUCGCUCAGACCUUAUCGAGCACCAGAGGAUCCACACCGGAGAGAGACCUUUUGAAUGCAAUGAGUGCGGGAAAGCCUUUAUUCGGAGCUCGAAGCUCAUUCAGCAUCAGAGGAUCCAUACUGGGGAGAGGCCUUACGUGUGCAACGAGUGUGGGAAGCGCUUCAGCCAGACGUCAAACUUCACCCAGCAUCAGAGAAUUCACACUGGAGAAAAACUCUAUGAAUGUAACGAGUGUGGGAAAGCUUUCUUUCUGAGUUCAUACCUUAUUCGACACCAAAAGAUCCACACUGGAGAGAGAGUGUAUGAAUGUAAGGAAUGCGGGAAAGCGUUUCUCCAGAAAGCCCAUCUCACUGAGCACCAGAAGAUCCACUCUGGGGACAGGCCCUUCGAAUGUAAAGACUGUGGGAAAGCCUUCAUCCAGAGCUCCAAGCUGCUUCUGCACCAGAUCAUUCACACUGGAGAAAAGCCCUAUGCCUGCAGUUAUUGUGGGAAAGGCUUUAUUCAGAGGUCAAACUUCCUUCAGCACCAGAAAAUUCAUACUGAAGAGAAGCUCUAUGAAUGUAGUCAGUAUGGGAGAGAUUUUAACUCAACUACAAACUUUAAAAAUAAUCAGAGUGUUCACCAAGAGGGACUCUCCUUGAGUAAGGCCCCCAUACAUUUGGGCGAGAGGUCUGUGGAUCAGGGGCAACACAUAGAUAACUUACAAAAUAAUUAGUCUCCCGCCCAAUGAGUGAUGUUUGGAAAUGCGUGGAAUUAGGAUUCAUGUGGUUUCUAAGAUUUGGACAUGUCAGAAUUUUGUGAAUCAUGGAUGGAGCUGCUUUUGGAGUGGAUGCCACCUGCCACUGUGCAGCACUAGCAGGCUCACCCUUCUCCUCAGCUGUGAGCACUGUCCGCGGGAAAGUCACAGGGCUUGACACCUGACUCUGAGCUGGAACAGUAGGGGCAGGGAGGAGACAGGUCUCAAGAAACGGUUUUUAAAAAAUUUUAUCCACAUUACAGUCCAUCCUUGAGUUAAAUCCCUUUUAGAGCAGAACUGUGUAUCUAAUCUUAUUACUUAGGAGAAUGUUACCUAGGAAAUUUUGAUCUAUUAAGUUGAAGAAAGAUAACUUGUAUACAAACCCCCGAGCCAUUUCCCUGUUGUCUGGAGGAGGAACUCCAGGUCCCCCAUCCUGGGCCCCAAGGCCUCCUGUGUCCUGGAGCCUCGCCUCCCACUGCCUGACUUCCUGCCACACAGUUAAUGCUGCAGCAACACCAACUGCUUCAUCUUCCCUGUGCUCCACGUGGCUUCCUACCUCUCUCGCCUUUGUUCUUGUUAAAGGGUCUCCUCAGCUAAUUAACUCCGAAUCAUGGUUCAAGACAUGCCUCAGGCAUCAUGUCAAGGGAUGUUUCCCUCAGGCUUAGUUGGCAGCGCUUUCCACACUUCUGUGGCUCAGCGAUUGCUACUAUCACUGUAUUUACUUGCAUAUGUCAGAAUGACUUGGUAGACUAUCUCUGCUGUUAUACUCUGAGUUCCUAAGGACAGUGAUCAUAUCUGAUUGAUUUACAUGUGUCCACUGUCUCUCACAAGGCAAUAAAAAAUACACCCCUAAAUCUACGUGUGAUUGGCAUCUGUCUUGCUUUGUCCUUUCUAUACUGCCAUUCUAAAAAUUUUCAGCUGUUAGCUGUUUUUUUUUAUUAUUUGUUCAUUUUGUAUCAGUAUAAUCUAUGACUCUGUUAGAAGUAUCUUCUCAGCCCUGCUACUGUCUGCUGCUCCUACUUAACUCAGAAGUUGCAGGCUAUUGCAAUAGCCUGUGCACAUCCAUGCCCUCCUGUGUGCCGCCUUACAGCUCAUGCAGAACUGUCCACUUGAUCUGGAGGGCAUUGACACCUGACUCAGCUGGAGCAGUGGGGACAGGAGGAGGCAGGUCUCAAGAGAAGGCCUUCACUCACUUGUCUGUAUCUUUCUGUCUCACUGGAAAGGCACAGUCUCAAUGCACUACAUAGCUCUUCUGUUUUAGCAGUUCUAAGGUUGAACUGAGCUCUUGUCAUUUUCCAUGCUGUCUGGCUCAUUUUCUUAUUUACUUAAAAAUGUAUUGAUAUCUAUAAGGAAUAGUCCUAAAUGUUGGGAAAACAGAUGAGCAACCCACUACCCCGAAGUCCUCCACAGUGUAGUGGGGAAGACAGAGAUCACAGUACGAUGAGUCAAGUGUGUGCUCUCAGUUGUGAAGGAGCACAGGUGAGGGGGUGACUGAUGUGGCACAGAACUGGGAAGGCACAGAAGAGUGACAUUUCAGCUGGGCCAGAGAGAUCAGUAGAGAUCAGCUAAAGAAAAUAGGAUUGGAGAGGGAAUCCCUGCAGAAACAUGGAGUCAUGACAGAUGGCUCUUUGGCUAGGACUGUUCAAAAGCAGGGGAGGUAAAUAGUGGACAGCCACCUCGCAAAACUGUUAGUCUUUGCCUCUGAAUUUCAUCUGAACAUGAACUCCAAAAUCCAGUUUUGUAACCAUAUAGUUUUUCUUUUUCUCAUGAGGCCAUAUUUUGAAUUCUUAAAUAACUACCAAUCCUGAAAGCCUCGGGACAAGUAAUUUAAAAAGAUGUACAUUUUCUGGAAAAUGAGCAUGACUAGAGAUGUUUCACAUGUAGAUUUUACCAGACCAUUUUAAUCAACAAUUCAAUUUUUAUAUAGUAAAACACCUAUUUUAAGUGUACAGGGUUUUGGAAAAUCCAUACACCUGUGUAACCAUCACCACCUGUGUAACCACCACCAACAGAACCAAGAACAUUUCUGUCACCCAAAAAGUUCCCUUUUGCCUUUUCCUAGUUAAGCCCAGUCCAGCCCCAGGUAACCACUUUCUAUCCGUAUAGAUUAGUGUUGCUUGGUUUAGAGCCACGUACAAAUGGAUUCAUUUAGUAUGUGUUCUUUUGUGUCUGAUGUCUUUCACUGUGGCAUGUUUUUAGACUCAACCCAGCUGUUUUUGUGUUUCAGUAGUUCUUGCUGAAUAGUGUUCCAUUGUAUAGAUAAGCCAUCAUUUGUUUAUUCAUCCACAUGUUAAUGGGUUUCCAGUCUCUGCUCUUAAAACUAUGAGCAUUUGUGUAAAAGUAUGUAUUUGCACAUGUGUUUUUAUUUUGCUUGGGUAAGUACUUAGGACUUUAAUUGCUGUGUUGUAAGUGUCUUAGUCCAUUCAGGCUGCCAUAACAAAAUGCCACAAACUGGGAGGCUUGUAAACAACAGAAAUUUAUGUCUUACAGUUCUGGAGGCUGGGAAGUCCAAGAUGAGAGUGUCAACAUUUGGUGUCUAGUGAGGGCCUACUUCGUUUUAAGUAGAUGUCUUCUCACUGUGACGGUACGUGGUGGAAAGGGACUAGAAAACCUACCCCAUUCAUGAGGGCUCUCCCCUUGUGAUUCUGUCCCCUCCCCGAGACCCCACCUCGUAUCAUCUUACGGGUUAGGAAUUUGACAUGAAUUGUACAAGGAUGUAAACGUUCAGUCCAUUUCAAUAAGUGUUUUUAACUUCCUAAGAAAUGGUCACACAGGUUUCCAUAGUGGUUGGAUCAUUUUACACUACUACUACAUUAUAGGAAGAUUUCCAGUUGCUCCAUAUCUUUGCUAACACUUGGCAUUGUCAGUCUCUUCAAAUUUAAUCAACUCUAGUCUCCUUAUGAUUUUAAUUUGUAUUUGCCCACUGAAUGAUGUUGUAUGUCUAUGAUUUCAUCUGCUUAUUGCUUUUCUGUGUCGUCUUUAGUGAUGUGUCUGUUCAUACCUUUCGCCUAUUUUUAAGUUGGGAUGCUUAUUGUUGACUCAAGUUCUUUCCAUAUUCUAGAUGAAAAACAUAUAUAAUAUAUAUAAUUGUCUCCAUUUGUGAUGAAUAUAUAUUGUGAAUAUU